UAUAAAUUGUUCUAGUUCAUGGUCACACAGCAUUCCCAUGUGAUUUUGAAUUACUGUGGUCAAAUGAUGACAGCUAACUAGAAAUAGAAAGUUAUGGUAGUUUUGGUGAUCAGUUCUUUAAACCCUAUUUUUUAAAAGGACUUUACAGUAAGUAUUAUUAACUUAAGUAUUCUGACAGUGCAGUUCUGUUGUGGGAAAAGACAUAGGGAAGGGGCAUACCUUUACCAUGAUAGUAAGCUGUUUCUUGUUUCCAUAUUUAUCUAGAUAAAAUUUGUAUAUUCCUGGCUAAGUAGAUGAAGUCUAGCUUUGUUCCUUGCUUUGACAGAGAACUGACAAUGAAUCAGUGAAUUAGGGAGAGUUAUGUAUUGUCUCAAAACAUCCUUCAACUUGUUGAACUUUAGAUACGUUGGGGAACAAUAUCUAUAGCAUACUACAUCUUCUCACCUUCAUUCAUGGUAAGGGCCUUAUAUUUCAGUAGCCAUAACCAAAAAUAUACAUAGGUCUGUUGGCAGACCUGCAAAUAGUGUUGCGGUCUGCUCUAGCAAUCCAACGCUACUAUACACUCAACUUUCCAGUUGUUGCUGUGUUACAAGUAUAAUACUUCUUCCAUUCAGAAAUCAAAGACAAGAGUAUUAGGAUAAAAUAGACCAUGAAAAAGCCAAUAUUCUUCAUUAGGUAAACAGAAGAUUUAGUGGCGUUAUACAACAGUAAGUUUUGAAAGCUCUGUGGUACAUGUAGUGAAGAUACCUUUGUCAAGAAAACUAUUUUUCCUGUAACAUAAAGCACAAACAUGGAAUACAGGUAGGUGUUUGCAAUGAAUUGAGAGGCCUCAACUUAAGCAUUGAAUUUAAGCUUGCAGGUUGCAUACAAAUUUGCAUGAGUGGUGGGCAGCUUGUGUAAGACUCAAGGUUCUCUUCCCUCUGUAGCUGUAGGUGUUCAAUCCUGUAUUUUUCACUCUUGGGUAUUUUUGAGGACUCUGAGAUGUGAUAGAGAACAUACAUUUCCCACAUGCAGAAGUUUGAAUGCAAGACAUCUUGCUGUGUCUGUAUUUUGGUUGGUGAAGGAGAGAGUUAUUGAGAGUUAGGACUUAAAUAGUGCAGGCAAUUCUUUGUGGAAAGUAGCAUUGUACUGAAAUACAGUACAGUGGGCCUAGUUUAUGCUAUCCCCCAAUAUAUUUGUAAAUGUUGAAAAUUUGUUAGAACAUGCACUAAAGAGCGGCUUUUCUUUCAAAAUAUCUAUAAAUAGCAGAUGUAAUAAUAGUAUGUCAUCUGUCAUUCAUCUAUUGUAGGAUCUGAAUCAAAAGCUUAAUAUUGUUUGAAGCACUUUUUCACAUGUUACAGAGUUAUAUGAGCAACACAAACUUUGAGUACAUUUUGCUAUAGACUUCUUUCUUUCACGUUUUGCUGUGAUUUACCUGUGACAUGUUUUUGUAGAAAAAAGAUGGCACUGACUUCUUAUUCUACACUUCAGAUUCCCUUCACCUAUUUUUCAUGUUCUAGGAAGAAGAAAAGUGUAGCUGUGGUGGUAUAUGAGUGGACUUGAGCAGCAUUUCUGUCCUUAUUUUUUAUUUGAAGCCUUUUUAUCCCAUUCCCAACCAGAAAAGCACACAGAGGUUCCUGCAGAGGUAGAUAUGAGGUAAUCAGUACCAAAUGAGGAGGAAAGGAAGAUGUCAUCGAGUAUCUUCAGCACGACAUUCAUCUUCUCCAUGCAGUAUUAAGCACUCUCCUACUAGGGAGACUUUAACAUAUGCACAGGCUCAAAGGAUGGUAGAAAUAGAAAUUGAAGGGCGCUUGCACAGGAUCAGUAUAUUUGAACCUUUGGAGGUUAUAUUAGAAGAUGAUCUAACAGCCCAAGAAUUAAGUGAAUGUAACAGCAAUAAAGAAAAUAGUGAGAGGCCGCAGGUCUGUUUGAGAACAAAGAGGCAUAGAAACAGCAAAGUUAAAAGAAAAAAUGAAUCUCUUCCAAGUGCACAUGGCAUUCCAUCCACAGCAAAUACUCUUCCAGAGCCCAAAGUGCAUAUUGUUGAAUACAGUCCUCCUUCGGCCCCUCGAAGGCCUCCAGCUUACUAUAAAUUCAUUGAAAAGUCUUCGGAAGAACUUGAUAAUGAAGUGGAGUAUGACAUGGAUGAAGAAGAUUAUGCAUGGUUAGAAAUAAUCAAUGAGAAACGAAAGAGUGAUGGACUCUCAGUUGUAUCACAGAACAUGUUUGAAUUUCUUAUGGACCGUUUUGAAAAAGAGUCUUAUUGUGAAACUCAAAAACAGGGUGAACAUCAGUCUUUAAUAGAUGAAGAUGCUGUUUGUUGUAUUUGCAUGGAUGGAGAGUGUCAGAACAGCAAUGUGAUUCUUUUUUGUGAUAUGUGUAACUUGGCAGUACAUCAGGAGUGUUAUGGGGUGCCAUAUAUACCUGAAGGCCAGUGGCUCUGCAGAAAGUGUCUGCAGUCCCAUUCACGGCCUGUAGACUGUGUACUGUGUCCAAACAAAGGAGGUGCCUUUAAAAAGACUGAUGAUGAUCGGUGGGGACAUGUGGUGUGUGCUCUUUGGAUUCCAGAAGUUGGGUUUGCCAAUACUGUUUUUAUUGAGCCAAUAGAUGGAGUCAAGAACAUUCCCCCUGCCCGAUGGAAAUUAACAUGCUACCUCUGUAAACAGAAAGGUGUUGGUGCCUGUAUACAGUGCCAUAAAGCAAACUGCUACACAGCAUUCCAUGUUACAUGUGCUCAAAAAGCUGGUUUGUAUAUGAAAAUGGAGCCAGUGAAAGAACUGACUGGCAGUGGCACAACAUUCUCAGUGAAAAAGACUGCAUAUUGUGAUUUGCAUACACCACCAGGUUCUAUUCGGAGACCUCUGAAUAUUUAUGGGGAAGCUGAAAUGAAAAAUGGUCUAUAUAGAAAAGAGGGCUCUGCCAAAACAAGGUCUGCAUCAAAAGUCAGGAAAAAGGCUAAAAAAUCAAAAAAGGCACCAGCUGAGCCCUGUACAGUUAUGCCUGCAGUAUCUGCUCCAUGUAUACCUCCUCAAAGAUUAAAUAAAAUUAUGAAUCAGGUGGCUAUUCAGCGAAAGAAACAAUUUGUUGAAAGAGUACACAGUUACUGGUUACUUAAAAGGCUGUCCAGAAAUGGUGUCCCUUUGUUGAGAAGGCUGCAGUCCAGUUUGCAGUCACAAAGAAAUACACAACAGAGGGAAGAUGAUGAAGAAACACAAGCCUUAAAAGAAAAGUUGAAGUACUGGCAGAGGCUUCGCCAUGAUCUUGAGAGAGCGCGGUUGUUGAUAGAACUUAUACGGAAACGAGAAAAAUUAAAAAGAGAACAGAUCAAAGUGGAACAGGUUGCCAUGGAGCUUCAGCUAACCCCAUUUACUGUUCUGUUGCGGUCAGUACUGGACCAGCUACAGGAAAAGGAUUCUGCUCGCAUAUUUGCUCAGCCAGUGAAUCUUAAAGAGGUACCUGACUAUUUGGAUCACAUUAAACAUCCCAUGGACUUUUCUACUAUGAGAAAACGAUUAGAUAGUCAAGGUUACAGAAAUCUAAAUGAAUUUGAAGAGGAUUUCAACCUUAUUAUAGAUAACUGUAUGAAAUACAAUGCAAAAGAUACAAUAUUCUACAGAGCUGCUGUGCGAUUAAGAGAUCAAGGAGGGGUUGUCCUGAGACAAGCUAGAAGAGAUGCUGAGGCAAUUGGAUAUAAUAAUGAAACUGGAAUGCACUUACCUGAACGGCCUAAACUUGAACCUCCACCACCUUUUACUUGGGAAGAUGUGGAUAGGUUACUGAAUCCUGCUAACAGAAUACACAUGUCUUUGGAAGAGCAGCUGCGAGAACUGCUAGAAAAACUUGAUCUCACCUGUGCAAUGAAAUCCAGUGGGUCUAGGAGCAAACGAGCAAAACUCUUAAAGAAAGAAAUUAACAUGAUUCGCAUCAAGUUGAGUCAGCAGCAGCAUCAACCCCCCCAGAUUGAGUCAGAUAUUGGAAGCCUUGAAGAAGAGAAUGCAGCAUUAGAACAAGAAGGUGAAGGUGAAGAAGAAGGAGAUAAAUCUCCCCCUAAACUUGAACCAUCAGAUGCAUUACCUCUUCCUUCAAACUCGGAGACUAAUUCAGAGCCACCAACCCUCAAACCAGUAGAACUCAAUCCAGAGCAGAAUAAACUUUACAAAAGAGUAAAAUUUGACAAUGAAUUGUAUAGUACUUCCAUUCAGAAAGAAAUAAAUGGACACACUCCAGAACACUUACUUGACAAUAAUCUCAGUGAUUCGACCGUUUCUGCUGUAGCUGAGUCAUCAACUGAUGUAAACAGACGUACGUCAAUUCUCUUCUGCAAAUCGAAAAGUGUAAGCCCCCCAAAGUCUGCAAAGAACACUGAAACCCAGCCAACUUCUCCACAGCUAGGGACCAAAACCUUUUUGUCUGUAGUCCUUCCAAGGUUGGAGACACUACUGCAGCCCAGGAAAAGAUCAAGAAGUGCAUGUGGAGAUUCUGAAGUGGAUGAUGAGUCCCCUGUAAAGCGUUUGGACACAGGUCUUUCAAAUGGUUUUGGAGAUGGCAAUAAAGAAUCAGAAUCAGAUGAUGCUCCAGGAAGAAAAGUUGAACCUCGGCGCCGUUGUGCAUCAGAGUCUAGUAUAUCUUCAAGUAACAGCAUGUUAUGUAAUUCAAGCACUUCAAAUAUUUCUAGUUUUAGCCUGCCAAAAUGUGGAAAAGGAAAACCAGCGCUUAUACGGAGACACACAUUAGAAGACAGAAGUGAGUUGAUAUCAUGUAUUGAAAAUGGAAACUACGCAAAAGCAGCAAGAAUUGCAGCUGAAGUUGGACACAGCAGUAUGUGGAUUUCAACUGAUGCUUCUAAUUCUGUCCUUGAACCGCUAAAAGUUGUCUGGGCCAAAUGUAGUGGGUAUCCUUCUUAUCCGGCACUGAUAAUUGAUCCUAAAAUGCCUCGUGUUGCUGGUCAUCACAAUGGUGUUACAAUACCAGUGCCACCCCUUGAUGUAUUGAAAAUUGGAGAACAAAUGCAGACCAAAUCAGAUGAGAAGCUUUUCUUGGUUUUAUUUUUUGACAAUAAAAGAAGUUGGCAGUGGCUUCCAAAAUCCAAAAUGAUUCCACUUGGGAUUGAUGAAACAAUAGACAAGUUAAAAAUGAUGGAAGGUCGGAACUCAAGUAUUCGGAAAGCUGUUAGAGUUGCUUUUGACCGAGCUAUGAACCACUUAAGUAGAGUUCAUGGAGAACCAGUCAGUGACUUCAGUGAUAUUGACUAACUUAAGUUGUCAUCAAGGCACAAAGAUACCUUAUAUAGAUACCUACAAAUUAACCUCUUUGUCUACAAGAAUGUAUUGAAGACAGCUUCUUAAUCAUUGAUCCAGUGGCAGAGUUUUACAGACUUAACUGGUUUAGCAGCUCCUCUGAAUCACCUUGCCAUAUUGAUUUUUUUAAAAAAUACAUUUUUUUAACAUUACGUUGCAGUUUGGAAGAUUUCUCACUAAAAUAUCUUGUUCAUAGUGUUCAUAAACUGUACAUAUAUGUAUAUUCAACUUUUAACUUAUUCUGAUUUUAGACGUAGCUUUUUUAUUUCUUCUGUUUGGCUGGGAAAGGGAUAGAUUGUCACUUCCGUUUCUUUCCACAUUUAAAAAAAUACUAAGCACCAUCUUCCAGCUUUAGGUGCUAAAUGAGUAUUGAAGUAAAUAACAUCAGAUAGAUUUGGCUUAAUCAUAUAUUAUGAUAUGGUGCUGCUUAUGUAACUUUAUGUGAUUUCUAGCUUUUUAACAAGACCUCUGAAUGUUUCAUUUUUCCAUAAACCAUUAUUCUUUUCACAAAGUACUGCAUAGUUAAGAUGUAAAUGUGCUACAACAAAUGUGUAUUUUAUGAGAGAAAAAAUCACAUUAUUUUGGAAGGUACUUUGUGAGAGACACAACAGAAAUAAAGUUAUGCUAUGUAUAUCACUUGAAAAAUCACCAAAAACACUCCAUCGUUGUCCAGAAUAUCACUUUAGAAAUUAUUUGUGUUUUACGCAAACCUGGCUUAAAGCCUCCAAGUAUAUUUCGUGCAAAAACCAUAUCUCAUCUAUCUCCCUGGAUUUUAUGUGCCUCCCUAUGUUAUAUUUAUUGUAGAAAAUGUAUUACUUUGCUUUAUAAAGAGAAAUAAAUAAGAAAGUAUAUUGAUAUACAUUUUUAUACAGGCACAUAUGACAAUUUGCUUUGGGAGAGAAAGCUGUCUUGGAAAUGGUUGUAUAAAAUAACUUGAUGGAUUGUGUGUAAUUUGACCUUUUUUGGUAACUUGUAAUCUUUGUUUCAAUGAGGGGAUUUAUGUAACUUUUAAUUUUAGAACACUUUGGUAGCAAUAGAAACUUUGGAUACAUUUUUGUAUGGUACAUGUGAUGUAUAUAGAAUUAGUACUUUAUUUUUAUUUCAGAGAGGUAAAGCAUUACAUUUAGGGAAGGAAAAUGGUAGGGUGGGUUUCCAGUAAUAACUUUUAUAUUAAAAAAUAAAGUCAAACUAUUGAUUGUUGUAGCUACUUUA